AUGGCUGCUGAGGAGGCCGAUAAGCCACAGCUGGAAAUGCCACUGGUCCUUGAUGAGGGCUUGACCAAACAGAUGAGGAUACGAGUGGAUACUCUGAAGAAGAACAAUGAGAAGCGCCAGGAUGGGGAGAAGUUGCUGCGACCGGUAGAGUUUGUGUACCGCCUGGAUUUCAUCCAGCAGCAGAAACUACAAUUUGAGCGCUGGAACAUUGCACUGGACAAGGCUGGCAAGGUGACCAUCACGGGCACUUCCCAGCACUGGACACCUGAUCUCACCAACCUCAUGACCCGGCAGCUCCUGGACCCAGCGGCCAUCUUCUGGAGGAAGGAGGACUCUGACGUCAUGGAUUGGAAUGAGGCAGAUGCCCAGGAGUUUGGGGAGAGGCUGUCAGAGCUGGCCAAGAUCCGAAAAGUGAUGUACUUCCUAAUCACCUUUGGCGAGGGCCUCGAGCCUGCCAACCUUAAGUCUUCAGUGGUUUUUAAUCUGCUCUGA